UUAUGCUAUAUUGUUUCCCACACAGUCCGGUCGACGUCCAUAUUUGAUGCACUCUUGGGAAAUUCGUGUGUCCAUUAAUAAACCAGGAAAAGGCUGAUUUCACCGGAUUAACUCGUCCAGACGACUCGAACGAAACGUGGUCAUUUUUCCUAGUUUCCUUAUUGAUCCAAAUGAGCCGAUUCACGGUUAUAUCGCUCACGUGAUACUGCACUUAUUAUUAAGUGAAGUUGCCAUGAAAUCCUUAUCAAAACGUGAUGUCAUCGUAAAUAACAACAUCCACUUGGCAUAGUUUCGUUUAUCUUCUCUACUAACAAUUGAACAGAUUUCGAUCGUUUGGCUCAACUCCACCACCUGAAAAAUUAACUCUGGUGCUGUUUCGGUUCGAAUAGGUGAAGAUGUUUUUCGCUGUCACCAUCGUUUCGACCCUCCAUCUAUUCAUCAGGAAGCUGAUACAAGGUACCACCAAAAGCAAAUGCGUUUGCGACGACGGCAAUGAGGAACCCAGCUCUUCUCAGCUUGUAGAGGAUCAUGAGGCCCAUGUGCUGGUAGCCGAAUGGAGAUUGCAUAAAUUCCAGUCGCCUAUAGAGCUUAGCCAUGACGAGAGUAUCAGUCAUGACCAUUUCGACCCAUUGGAAUUUCACGGGCAUUGGGACAAAACUGGGGAGGCCACUUUCGAAAAUACCGGAAAAACUGCCGUAAUUCGCUUCCAACGUAAAGAACUUCCGUAUCUGUUUGGAGGGCCGCUUCAUAACGACGUUUACCUCUUCGAGCAACUCCAUUUCCACUGGAGCGACAACGACAAUGAGGGAUGUGAGCACAUUUUCGAGGGCAAAGCGUAUUCUAUGGAGGUGCAUGCUGUGCACUACAACAAGAAGUACAAUACAUUCAAAGAGGCAGUGGACAAGCCGGAUGGUUUGGCUGUUAUCGGGUUCUUCUUGGAAGCCACUGAUAAUGACGAUAAUCCCUGCUUCAAAAAAUUAACUGCUGCAGUCCAGAACAUCAUCAAAGUUAACACGUCGACCACGGUAGCACCAGAUUGUUUGACUUGGAUUAAAGAAGAAGCUCAAUGCAAAGGCUACUACACAUAUCAAGGAUCAUUGACGACCGAACCGUAUUUGGAAAGUGUGACCUGGAUUUUAUAUCCCACACCCAUUCACGUGUCAAGGCAACAGGUGGCACAUUUCCGUGAACUAAAAUCCACACCCUGUGAGAAAGUGAACAUUGUGAACAACGUCCGCCCGAUCCAGACUCCACCUUCCGAUCGCAAACUCAACAUAUUUUUUGCAAGAUCACAUCGGAAGAGCGAGGACUAACCCUCGACUUUCUUUAGUUUAUCGAUCAACAAUAUCCAUACUCUAUCUAUAUGUUCUUAGAGUUUAGCCAAGGUAUUGGUUUUGUGGACUUGGGUGGAAUGCGGACGAUCCAACAAAACCAGACAGUCCAGACCAGAACGGGCCUAAAUUGAGACCAACAGGACUCGAUGAAGAUGUAUUGGUUUAUGAUGGCACGUAUCUACUUGUUCAGAUGUUACAAGAUACAUCUAUGUAGUGCAAAAUGUUUCUAGUAGCUUUUUUCAAUUUUGAACUUUAAUAAACUUUCCAGAACUAAA